UGCCCUGUCCUUGCCAAAGGUCAGAUUCUUCCCCAGAAGACGUUUUGUGUUUCUUCUCAUCCCGCUCUGUCUGCAGACAGACAGCGUUCACCGUCUUGCUUUGCAUUCAAAUUAAGUUUGCCAAAAGGUUCUCUUUCUCUGGGAGGCCUGAAGUGUCUCUUCUCUUUGCAUGUGAGUGCUGAAAAUACACAUGUAGUCCUUGGCAAGUUGCUGGCAUCGUGUGACCUUGUUUGCACCCUUACUUGCUUGAAUAGGGGAUUUGUGUGCCAGGGCUUAGAAAGGGGUGAUUUGCAGGCUAGUAAGGGGUAACACCGUGAUUAGAAAUUCCACUAUCUGACAGAAUGCACAUUUGACCUCCUAGUGUAGAAUAGAUUAUUACUCCAUUAUGUAAAUAUUUUAAGGUUCAAGUUUGAUAAAGAUCAAUGACCAAAAUAAGUUGUGCAUUCCUACCUGUCUGUAGAAGUACUUGCAUGUAUUGCAGUGUUUGGUUUAUAAGUGUGCAAUAGUGGCUUUGAUUAAUAAUGCUUUAUUAGUUAUAAACACAGACUUACUGAAUAAAUCCUACUUACUCUAUUGAAUGGCUCUCCCUGCCUACAUAAAACCAUUUAAGCAAUUAGAAUACUGCUAUAGUUUUUCUCUAUAUUAUAGAUGUUGAGUUGUUAGUUACUCUGUCAGGUUUCCUGAAUUCCUGUGUAGCAGUUCUGCUUGACCACCACUCUUGACACAAAAAGGAAAUUUUAUGUCCUUUCAAGUUGCAUUUUAUGAAGAGAAAGGGCAGGCGUGGUAACACGGGGUUUCACAGAAUUGUAGAGUCAUGGCAGUUGGAAAAGACCUUAAAGAUCAUCCCAAGAAAAGAGGAGGGGGUGGGGGAAAGGGUGUGUCUCUCUUGCUGACCUUUGCUGUCCUCUUCUAUGCCAGGAUCAGAGAAUGAGACUGGAGAGGCACAAGUAUCCCUUGUGUUUCAAAAGAGUAGAAGAGUGUGCCUCAGAAUAGUGGCAUAAGGCCAUAAUCUUGUGGAGAGCUCACCUCUGUCUUUUUCUAGAAGAUGAAGGUUUGUAAAUCUGGUUUAUUUUCCUCCCCUUUCUAUAUAAAACACAAAGCACUGGCAAUCAUUGUUUUAUCUACUACUGAAAUGCAGCCGCCAGUGCAGAAUAACAUGAGAACAGUUUGAAAGGAAACAUGGAACGCUAUAUUCAACUGAAACUAAUUACCUGAUUAGGUUUUGGCCUGGCUGUGUGGGUUGACAUCCAGUGGACUUGGCGACAAUACAUGCCAGCAAAGCCAAGUCUAGUCUUGCUUCGUUUAAAGGCUCUGGACAAAACUUCUUGGACUUGCAUGCUGAAUGCUAAGCAGUGUGAAAAUAGGCCACUGAUUUAAAGUACCCAUGGCUACAGUGGAUGUUCAGUGGGGAGAUGGCAUGGUUGCAGAUGAAUGAACUUUUUUGUGGUUUAGAAAUACUGGUUUCCAUUUAAAGGUGGUUCUGUUUCAAGCAAACACUCUGGUGAAAUUUAACUCUGCAUCAGAACAUCCUCUGUUUACAGCUAUAUGAUUAUCACUUUUGUUUCCUUCAGCACUUCAGGCUUCUCCCUUUAGAGACUUAGUCCAAGUCUGACAUUGAGAUCUUGUAGACUUAGAAAAUAGCCUUAAGCAAUGUUAUCUCACUUAGUCUGCCAGAGUAGUUCCUUUUCUUUAUCUCCACAGAAGUUAAACAUGUUAGGUCAGCUUUAUUAGGUGAGAAGCAUUUGUUACUGCUAUUGUCUUCUUUUGUACCUUUAUGGCAAGCACUUUUUUCAUCUUUUGGUGUCAUUGUUUGGAAAGUGACCUGUUUUCUAAAUGGGAGUACCUAUGCAACAUCUGAAGUGUUAGAUGUUAUAAUUACCAGUGUGAUGGCAGUUUUUUUGUCUAGGCAUCUCUCUAAAGGAAAAAAAAAAUUAAAAUCAUUACAUGGAAGGGUUUGAAGCUUUACCUUGAGGAGAGGGAUAAGUCUUUCUUCCGUACGCUGUAAAAAUAUCCAUUAAGAAUAAAGGCGAAUAGAGCACUUCAGAAAGACUUGGAAGUGUUCUAGUCUCCAAAUGGGAAGCUUCUGUGCACCCACUUCUGGCACUGAAGAGAUCCUCUGUUCUCCUUUCCCAUGGAGAGGGAUAUGAAAUGAACUGCCAAAUGAGCCGUUCACGUCCAAGCAUUGACUUUAUAAGGAAGUUUAGUGCACCUAGUCUGAUGUUCUGGAAGCACAUCGAGACACAUUACUAAAAUGGAUUGGAUGAGAGCUGGUAAGAGAUGCUCCACAGAACAAGAAUACAUAAUAGGCAACCCUAGGAAAAAAUAUUUUUGCUAUCUGGCUGACUAUUUUAACUUAGCAACAAACUUAUGUGGUAACUUAUUCCUUAAAAUCAAAAAUAAAUAUUGAAUCCUCUCGUGUUUACAAACCUUCUUAAACCAUUUUCCCAAGAGGCCUUGCAGUUGUGAAGUCCUCGAAGUUGUGUUUAAGCAUUUCCUCUUACUGCAAAAAUAAAUCCAUCAAGAUUUUGGCCUCAUACAAAGACAACAAAUACAAGCCUGUAAGUGCCAUAAGAGCCCUAAGAAACUUCAGAAGCAAUUUAAAAUAAUAAAAAUAGGUUUUUGGACACCCCUUGCUACUUCUGUGGGGCGUGAGGCUGGGCUGGGACUUGGGGGCUGAAGAGACAUGGGCAUGCACUUUGUGUAACCUGGUAUUCCCUUGCCCUCUCCCCUGCCAUCCCCAAAUCAGCUCUCACCAUCUUGGCAAGAGGCUCUUGAGCCUUUGCUAGCCAGGAUUUUGCCCAGCUGUUUGGCCCAGGAUUUCACAGAGAAGGAGCAGACGCUUCUGGCUGAAGCUGCUGUAAAACCACCACUUCAGCCUCAAAGCAUUAGUGUCCCUGUGGGGAAAAACCAAGCGGCUGGAGAGUUUGGGGAGAGCUGAGGGGGAGCAGUGUGACUUCCCAAAGGGCCGCCUGGCCUCUUCAUGAUAUGUAAUCACCCAGGAAUAGAGCUAAUCUAGGAAAAGUGAUGGGAUUAUAAAGGCGAUAAGAUCUCCACUUCUUCUAAAAGCGCGUGUGAAGUACCAGCUCCAUUCCAGCUCUGUGGUUUGGGAAUACGUUUCUGCUAACAGUGCCUUGCGUUGUCCUUGCAGGAUGGUUUGGAAAUUCGCCUUCUCCGUUUUUCUGAUGGCAGCAGUGGUUCGGGUGUCGGACACCAGGAAGAGCCGCCCUGCGGGCGCCAUUCCCUCCCCGUACAAAGGCAGCGGCAGCAACCACUCGGAGCGGAGGCAGCAGCUGAACAAGGAGGUGUUGGCCUCCAGCCAGGAGGCCCUGGUGGUCACCGAGAGGAAGUACCUCAAGAGCGACUGGUGCAAGACGCAGCCGCUGCGGCAGACUGUCAGCGAGGAGGGCUGCAUCAGCCGCACCAUCAUCAACCGCUUCUGCUACGGGCAGUGCAACUCCUUCUACAUCCCGCGGCACGUCAAGAAGGAGGAGGAGUCCUUCCAGUCCUGUGCCUUCUGCAAGCCACACAAGGUCACCUCUUCCACCGUGCAGCUGGAGUGCCCCGAGCUGGACCCACCCUUCCGACUCAAGAAAAUCCAGAAGGUCAAGCAGUGCCGGUGCAUGUCUGUGAAUCUGAACAGCUCAGGCAAACUGUGAGAACGGGCAUGUGGCUGCUGCUUGGUGUUGCCUCCAUCAGCUUUACUGCUGCCUCUCCUCUCCCGCUGAGCAGACUGUCCAUUUUGUUGGUGUUUCUUCUUUCCAUUUUUUUUCUUUUUUUUUUUUUUUCUUUUAUAUGUUUCGUUUUCUUUCAGGAGGCAUCCCUCCAGCAAGGAAAGGCUCCUUGUCACUUGCCUACUGGAAUAACGCUUUUUAACCGGCUGUGUUAGGCACUUCACCGUAAAUAUUUUAAAUAUCACCUGGCAGUUGAAUCUUCUGGAGUGGAGCAGGCUCACAGAAGUUUGGAUUGAUCAUCUAAGUGACCAGUUGGCUGAAUCCAGCAUUAAAUGUUUCCACUGUGUGGAGUAAAGCCCUCUGCCCUACACUCCAGUUCCCUCCACAAGCUGAGAAUGCCUUCCCCUUGCUUUCAUCUGGAGCUUGCUUCUCUCACUUGGAAGUGCUGGGGUGCUGCCCAGGACUGGGGGACACGGACUGGGGAGAGCAGUAAUGUGUGAAAAGCAAGCGAGAGUCUCCGAUGAGACUCCUCUCCUUAAGACGGCUUCAAUUGUGCAAUGACAAAUGAUUCUGGGCUUGUUGUCUGAACGGCAGAUCAGAAGCAAGGGGAAGAGGGUGAGGCACUGGGUCAGCCACGGUGACCACAGAGCAGACUGAGGGUGGGUUCUGAUGCUGUUGUGGUUAGAGUAUAUUGAACACAUGGCCUCUGCAGCAAUGUUUAUUUUGUAACCUAGCUAUAGUAAACAGCUGUUUAAAGUAUUAUAGACCUAGCCAUGUAUAUUUUUCUUGUGGCAGAGUAUGCCAGCGAUUAAAAUAUGUUAAGAGACUCAGUUGCUAGGUCGGCUGCCUGGCUUAAAAUGGACAUGGUUUUACUAUGCUUUUGGUAGGUUUUUGUAUGUUAGAUAUGUGUGUGUGUGUGUGUUUCUUACUCCAAAAAGGACAACAUCCAUUUAUGACCUUAUAUUUAUGCCUGCUCAAACCAGGGGAGGUGGAAGGGUAGUGGGAGAGAACACUUAAAGGAAUGAUGUGUCCCGAAAGGUAUAAAAGCACUGUCACACAAAGGACAAAGUUUGGUCAUUGCUGGACUGAAUACAAAAGCUACAUAAGUGUCAUCAAGUUUUGGGAGUGGUGUCUCUCCCAUGACUGGAAACCAUGUUAAUGUGUUAGUGUUAAAGGACAAAUGCCUCAGUCAGUGCUGCUGGAAUGGGUCACAGCUGUGGGAGCAGGGAGGGAAUAAGUUGUAAUUGCUACACUAUUGGUGGUCCACUCAGUUUUUGAGACCUGCACAAUAAGUGUUGGUGAACACUUUCAGUUCAUUUUAAAUCAUAUUAUAUUGUUAUUCAGUUGAUGGAGUUUUACAUGUCCUCUAUACCCCAUUUGUCACAGUUCUGAUCUGUAUUUGUCCCAGCUGCAUUAAAAUCCUGUCUGAAACCA